AUGUCUACAAUUAUCUUUGGCGGAAUCGCGAUGGCUUUAUCCAUCUACUUGCUGACGGCAGAUGUCGGUGGGACCAACAGUCGUAUGAGCUUGUACGACGCCGAGGCGACGUGUUGCGAAGACAAGCCCCUUGUCGUCAAGUAUUACCGAAAUUCCGAACAUCUUACGUGCCACGUCGACGACCCCAAGGCCUUUCCCAAGCAUAUUGUGAUUCCCUUUCUCAAGUACUGCUGGAACGAAGCUGAGAAAAAGGACGAUCUUGUUCCAUUGAAAUCUUGUCAAAUUAUCGCGUGUUUCGCCACGGCCGGAAUUGUGUCCAACAACAAAGUCAACAUGACAAAUCUAGACGACUUGCUCAUCGACGGCAACGCCAUUCAAAAUGACCAGAAGGAUCCCUAUUUGAAGCAUGUCAUCGUUUGCAAAAUUAUCAACGACUUCGUAGCCCAAGGGUACGGCUGCUUGACACUCAGCGAAUCCGACGUCGUUCAUCUCGGCGGCCCUCAGUCCUUUCCUUUGGAAUCGCUCAAGAAUGGACCCAAGGUCUGUGUGGGUGCCGGUACCGGGCUCGGAGAGUGCUAUUUAACGCAAGGUUCCGUAUCAGACGAAUACACCUGCUUUCCCAGUGAAGGUGGUCACGUAGAGUACGCCCCACGGCACAACCUUGAGGUAAGGUUAUUUGAAUUUUUGAACGAAAAGUUCUGCACGAAGGAUCGGAUCUCUGUCGAGCGAGUUGUUUCCGGGAAGGGCCUCGCCAACGUGUACGAGUUUCUCGCACACGAAUUUCCAGAGCGCAUCCUUCCCGAAGUUCACGACCAGUUUCUGAACUCGGGAGAUGAACAAGGCAAGAUCGUAUCGGACAACGCGACGGAGGGAUCAUUGUGUUUGCAGGCGAUGAGUAUAAUGAUGAGUGCGUACGGAUGUGAAGUGGGAUCGGCUGCUAUCAAAUUCAUUCCAACGGGUGGUUUGUUUGUGACGGGAGGUUUGACUCCCAAGAACAUCAAAUAUAUUCAUGGACACAAUACGGAAUUUAUGCUGGCGUACCGUAACAAGGGUCGAGUUUCGACACUUUUGGAUCGUAUCCCUCUGUUUGCUGUUAUGGUGGAGGACUUGGGUGUACGCGGUGCACACAAGGCUGCCAGGAUGGAGUAUGAGCGAUUCCUUCGGGACAAUGACCAGACUAAUGGUGCAGUCAAACGAAAAUCAACAUCGUUGGGAAAAUUGGUCCAGGAAUAUGCUUGGACUUCCAUGGCACUGUCGGCGAUCGCAGCGCUGACAGUGAAUGCACUUUUGAAUCGUAAAUCUUGGAAGUAG